AUGCGCGCCGACGCCGACGCCGAGUACGUCUCCGCGCUCCCGAAUCGCUCGACGCGCGGGACGCGCAUGCGCGCGCUCCUCGAGGACGAAGACGACGCGGACGAAGCGUUCUGGUCGCAAGACGCGUUCGCGGACGAGAGCGGGGACGAGGCGUACGCGAGCGAGAGCGAGGAGGAGGAUGUCGUGGAUGCGGAUUUUCACGACGACGAGAGCUCGGAGAGCGAGGGCGAGGUGCGCGUCGAGCGCGAGCGACGGGCGAAGACGCUCAAGGCGCCGGAACGGAGGGAUGGUGGACGCGCGGGGGGUGGGGCGCGCGUGGGGGCGGUGCGCGAGGUGAACGAGGUGGGGGGGUCGCGUCGGGACGCGACGGCGGAGCGCGCGCGCGCGGCGGUCGCGGCGGCGGAUGUGGAAAUCAGAAAGUCGAAGCGGUCGACGGCGCAAGCGAUAUUGGAGCGGAGUGAGAAGAUGCGAAAGGAGCGAGAGGCGAAACCGACGACGGAGAGAGAGCGAAUUGUGUACGUGAUGCCGUCGCAGGAGCAGCUCAUGGAGGAGACAAAGGUCACCGAGUACUACAACUUGCUCGAUCUCGAGCGGUUGCUCACGCUGGAGGCGGAGAUGAAGAAGAAGGCACCGACGACGGGCAAGAAAUACGAGGGUCCGUCGCUGAUUUAUCGGAGCUCUUCGAAGGUUGACGGAGGCGCGUCGACGAUCGAGCUCGCGCGCGGCGCCGAGCCGCCGGCGCCGCUGCGACGAGACGAAGCCAAGCCGGUGCCUGUGAAACCGAGCGUGUGCGUCAUCACGGGGUUACCGGCGAAGUAUAAGGAUCCGGUGACCGGGAUGCCGUACGCUACGUUGGAUGCGUUUAAGAAGGUUCGAGCAAAGUAUCCGCCGCUUCCGCCAAAGGUGAAACUGGCGCCGAUCGAGCCAGAGCCGAUUGAGGUGGAGGAGAAACCGACGGUGGUGUUCGAGGAGCCAACAGACGCGUUCGCGGUACCGGGGAUGAAACCGGCGAAGACUGCGGAGGCGAAGAAGCGAAAAGGAAAGCCUUCGGCGUCAAAGCUAUCGACGGCGCCCGCGAAGACGCUCAAGGAAGAACCCGAGGACGAAGUGUUCGCGACGCGUGAGGAUGACGACAUCAUGGCGGAGGAAGACUUCAUGGGUACGGAUUCCAUGGCGGACAUGAUGGCGGAGGAGGACGUCGACGAUGGAUUUUGA